AUGCUCCUCGCCUUAAAAGCCAUUUUAGUCUUGGUGGAAUUGUUCCACUUGAUUCCAAGCUCAAGCUCGAUGGCCUUACAUAAACGGGCGGAGUUUCACCCAAUUUCAGAGGCCGCAUGCGGCUAUGAUGCGCCACUCAUCCCGGUGCGAGCAGUUACUGAUCAAGGGGAGAUUGUAGAAAUACCGUUGGUCAAGCCAGUUGCACGCGAAGUACUAGCUAAUCAAGAAGAGGCUAGAUGGGAAGCUGAAGAUAUGGACUCUGGAAAACGAUGGUAUCCUGUUGAGGAAUGGAAAAAGGUUGAGUUCAGGUUACCCCUUGUCUGA